AUGCUCGUCGGUGGCUACGUGGCCUUCCGGCGCCCCAACGGCCGGCAAGACGGCACACUCCAGCUGUUCCGCCACAACAACGAGCUCCGGAUCAUCCGGGAGAACCAUCCCAACUUCUUCAUCCAACUCAACCCGCCCCUCCCCCAUUCUGACCGCCCCUUCCAUCCCUUCUCACAGCACCACCCCUUCACCCACCACGCCAAGCCGCACGACCCGCCAGUCCGCCACCGCAUUACGUGGCACCCAUGGUCAUUGGGGUGGGAGACGGUUCUCAUCACACACGGGCCCGUUGACGUAUCGGUGAGCUCCAUGUUGAAGGAGCUGAUGGUGGUUCAUCGGUGGCGGGCUGUGGGCGGGUUCACCCAGUCGCCAGCAGUGGUGGUGCGUGGGUGAGUCGAUGGACGGCAGAUGUCGUACGCUCUGUGCCAAUAUGAACGUCUGUGUAUGCCAGAGGUGUGCAUGGCGUCGGCGGCAUACUUGCUCGAUCACCGCACGCGCCACUCAAUGGAUGCUCGGAUAAGCUGACAUUGGAGUGGGCCGAUGGGGAGUGUGUACAGGAGCAUGUGCUGACUUCAUCCAACGACCCAUUCAUCGCAUGGAUUUCCUUCGUCAUCCCCCAAGGCAACCAGGACGGUACGCAUUCACACUGACAGCACAUCCUCAUGCUGUCGUGUCGUGUGAUCAUCCGCUCCUCUCUUGUCUGCAUGCAGUGCGCGUCACCAUUUGUACCACCGAGGCGUCAGCAGCAGGUGUCCCUCAGGAUGCGCCCUUCGCCCAGCGAUUCACUCGGACGGCCGCCAAGGUGCGCCGCCUCCCCGGAUCGAUCGAUUUCUUCGUGUUCGGUGUCGAGGCGCCAUGAUCAUGAAGGUGAGAGCCACACGAUGGCAUGAUGAUGCGCGUGUGUCCUUAUGUUCGUCUGUGUUAGUGGAUUUGGUGCAGACACGUCGUGGGCCUUGUAGGUGGCGUGCUGGCAGAUUCGUGUGCGUAUUUUGCUGACUGUAGUACAUGCGGAUUCAGCUGUGAACGGCUCGUGCAUGCCUGUGCUUUCCAUCUCUGUCGCGG